GUGUAAGCAAAACAGGAAAUUAGAGGCCACUUUUUAUGCUCGUAGGGUUUCUGACGUUGCCUAGCAACGGGAUUCUAUCGGUGUGUUGGUGCUCCUCGCCUCCGUUCGGACAGCGGUCGUGGGUGUGGGAGCUGAACCAGCGACAUGCCUCCGUUAGGUCUCAACCACACUUUAUUUUCGGUGUCCGAACCCGCGUGACCAACAACUUGUGUUUUGUUGACGAGCAGACGGUGGCGUACCCGAGCGGGAACUGCUGCGUGUGCCACAACACGGCUGUCCGACGCCAGCGCUUCAUUUACGGUUCAGACAAAAGCCAGGGCAUUCGUGCUCUGGCCAUCAGCCCCAAUCGUUGCUACCUGGCUGUGUCGGAGCGGGCUGAGAAGGCCACCAUCACUGUGUUUGACCUGCAGCAUGAACGAGGCAGGAGGAGGAAACCUCUGACUGCAGGAGACAUGCUUGUUUCAGAGUUCCUAUGCGUGGCUUUCUCACCUGACUCCAAGUACCUGAUAGGUCAGUCUGGGGGGCCGGAGUGGACACUUGUCCUCUGGUUUUGGGAGAAGAACAAAGUUCUAGCAACAGUAAAGUCAACUUCCUUUAAUGAUCCCAUCACACAGAUUAGUUUCAACCCUCACAACAACAUGCAGCUGUGCGUAAGUGGAUCCGGAGUGUUCAAGGUCUUCCGCUACUACGAGGGAGCUCUGAAACAGAGCAGCAUUGCAAAGGUGGAGUCCAUCAACAUCCUGUGCCAUGCCUGGGUGUCGGAGAAGGUGUUUGCUGGAACUGACACGGGCAGGCUGCUUGUGUUUGAGUCUGGAGAUAUGAGAAGAGAGCUCAGGAUGUCGUCUCACUCUGACAGGCAAGUGGAGAUGAAAUGGAUCAAAGAAAUUGAUGUGAAUGGAGGUUUGGCGGCUUCUGGUAUCACGGCCAUCCUGUCCUACUCCAAGGGCUUUGUGUGCGCUACAGGUCCUGGAACUGUCUGUUUGUUUGAGAGGACAGAGGACAGCGUUUAUAGGAAAUACAGGGAAAUACGGAUUCCUUCAGAUCCACGCAGUAAUGACCUAAACCCAGCAGAGAUCCACACCGUCUGCAUGAGUCCAGCAGAGGAGACUCUAGCUGUCAGCACCGACCGGGGACAGCUGUACAGCGCCAGCCUUUCAUCCACCGACAUCAGCAGGCUGCUGGAAAGACAUCAAUGUUUCGAGUCCUUGUCCCAGCCCUUCCACUCCAGCGCUAUCACGGGUCUGUCCACCUGCAUCCUCAAGCCCCUCGUAGCCACUUGCUCUUUGGACCGAUCUGUCCGUAUCUGGAACUACGAGACAAAGGAGUUGGAGCUGUACAGGGAGUUCCAGGAGGAGGCGUACAGCGUAGCGCUGCAUCCCACUGGCCUCUUCGUCCUUGUGGGCUUCUCAGACAAACUCAGGCUGAUGAAUCUGGUUCUGGAUGACAUCCGUACUUUAAAAGAGUUUACGCUGCGUAGCUGUAGAGAGUGCGCUUUCAGCCAUGGAGGUCACAUGUUUGCGGCUGUUAAUGGAAACGUCAUUUAUGUCUACACUUUCACCACUUUUGAGAAUACUCUCACUUUGAAGGCCCACAAUGGAAAGGUGCGGAGCGUCGGCUGGAGCCUGGAUGACAGCCGCCUGGUGUCGUGUGGGAUGGACGGUGCAGUUUAUGAGUGGAACACACACACUGGAAAGCGAGAGUCCGAGAGUGUGGUCAAGUCCUGCAGCUACACAGAUGUUGCCUUCUCCUGGGACUACAAGACCAUCCUAGCUGUGGGGUCAGACAUUGUGAGGGAGAUACAGAGCUGCCAGGUCCUCAGGGAGGUUCCUGCUGAUGAAGGAAGUCUCACUGCUCUUGCCGUGUCUCACUCUGGCCGUGUCAUCUUCACUGGAACCUCCAGUGGAACCAUCAGAGCCAUUAAGUACCCACUCCCCAUCCAGAGGGAGUGGGUCAUACAGCAGCCCCAUGGCGGCCCUGUGAACAAGAUGGCGAUUACAUAUGAUGACCAGUUCUUGCUGACUGUGUCUGAAGAUGGCUGUCUGCUGAUUUCUAAGAUCGUUGACAAGGACGGUCGCGGACUGAAGAGCAACCGGCAGGUUGUCCACACUGAGGAGAUCCUGGUGACGAAGGCAGACCUGGAGGAGAAAGCCCAACACAUGCUGGAGCUCAAGAUGCAUUUAGAGGAGCUGCAGAUGGAGAAUGAGUACCAGCUCCGGCUGAAGGACAUGAGUCACACGGAGAAGUUCAGAGAGCUGAUGGAGAAGUUUACCCUAGAAGUAGAAUCUCUGAAAGCAGCUAAAAAGAUCAUGAAAACAAAGAUAGAGGAGCAAGAAUGUGAGCAUCAGAAGGACUCUGUCGAAGCUGCAGUGAAACAUUCAAAACAACUUCAGGAUUUAGAGCAAUCUUACACUUCAAAGCUGAUGGUGAACCACCAGAAGUACCAGGAUCUUCUGCAGAAGCACGAACAGAUGCAGGACGAAUAUAAGAAACAGCUGACAUCUGCAGAGGAGAGCCACACCCUGGCUCUGGAGGAUCUCACUCAGGUGUACAAGGUCAAGCUGCAGGAGAAGACGCAGCUUCUGGUUCAGCAUCAGAAGGAGGCGGAGCAGAAAGUCCAUGAGUUUGAAAAGAUCCUGAAGCAGGCAAAGGAGGACGAGAAGGAGAAGAUACGUCUCAUCCAAGCCCAGUUUGAGCAGCAACUCCACUCGGAGAAGGAGACCAACGAGGACUUGAAGAAAAGAGCUGCAGUCAUGGCACAGAAGCUGCACGGUGCACAGCGACAGGCGGAUGGCUGGUGUGAUGAUGUAACCAAGCUGAAGCAGGAGCAGCAGAGGCUGCUGGGGCUGAUCCGCUCCCUGGAGGGGGACAUCACCGAACAGAAGAGGCAGCUCUCUGGGCACGAGAAGACGGGCCUUGACAAGGAUAACACCAUCUCCAGCCUCGUGAAGAAGAACCAGGAACUGGAAACGCUCAAGUUCCUCCUGGAAUUUCAGGUGAACGACUUCCAGAAGCAGAUGGAGUCUCAACAGGAUGAGAUCAAUAAGACAAGAGAGAAGAUCCAACAGCUGGAGGACAUCCUGCUGCAGAAGGACAAGAGUAACUCUCAGCUGAAGCUCAGCGUCUCUGACCUGAGGCUUAAACUGAAGACCAAGGAUAAGGAAAUGCGCAGGGAAAUGCAGAAGGGGAAAAAUUUGGAGACUCUUCUAGAACGACUCAAGUCAGACCUCCAUGGCUGUGUCGGCUUUAUCCAGGACCCAAAACAACUGAGAGACAGCAUCCUGAAGAUGUACUCCCACUACGGCCCACAGCUGGACCACGUGGAGAAGAGCGGUGCUGCGCAACAUGUUCCAGAGGUGUUUCUCCACCACCAGGACCUCCAGGAGAAAACCAUUUCCAGUCUGAAGCAGAAACUGGAAAAAUCUGCAAAGGAGCGAGAGAAAGUCUCUGCCCAGAUGACAAAGGAAAACGAGAUGCUCAUCACUGAAAUCAAUGCGCUGAGGAAGGAGCUGCAUGUGGUCAGGACCCAGCUGGUCCACAUGAAGAGGUCCAGGACACGUCCAGACCAGGACACACCCAGAGAGGAGGUCAAGCACCAAGAAGUCCGCUGACCUCACCUGUCUGCAGAGGCGUCCUGAGCUUGCAGGAACUGCUGUUUUGUUGACACAUUUUAUUGGGAGUAGCAGUUGUGGGGACCGAAGCAUGGACUGCAGACAUUCAUGCUGCAGCAUUCAUGUAUGUUAACAACACUCCAGGUGCAACUAUGUCCAAAGAAGUCUUGCACGUGGUAUCAAACUGGAGGAUGAGAUUGUCUGUGCUGAGAGGCACAGAGGACUGGCAGAGGACACAUCUGAGAACUCUGUUGCUGUAGAUGGGUUAAUAACCCGUCGCCGGAUUGCAGGAGUGUGUCUUUACAGGUGGCCACAGUGCUUCAAAAUGAGAUAAAACAUGCAAAUGAUCAGAGAAAAUAGCAUCUUCGAUGGUUAGGUCAAAGAUGGGUAAGUCAAACAACAGCACUAUGUCCAAGGUGUGCCCACUUUCCUGAGCGGGCAACAUAUUCUCACUCCCAACUCGCCCCAUAUCGACGCUUGGUCAGGAUCCCUCCGCGCUGGGAUCGACGCUUUAUACUCGCAACCAGAACUUCCAUUCUGCCUGCCAAGCCGUCAGCAUCAGCUGGGCUGGAUGCUACUGCUUAGAAAAAAGAAGAUGAAUGCAGUUAACCUGAAGGUUUUGUGCUAUUUCAAACUCUUUUCAGAACAUAUAAGCUCACCUUCUGCCCACUCCUUUACAUCACUGACCCAGUCAUCCAGUUGAGUCAGUCACUGACAACUCCACUUUCAUGGACUCCAGGUUCUGAAGCUGGCUUAGAAGUGUUUUGUGACCUACGUUGCCAAUUUAAAAUAAUACAUAAUAAAACAUGUUUAAACUACAGCUCAAAAUGUUUAGAAUACAGAGGUGUAGCCGUCGAAAAAUAAAUCCCUACUACCUUCUGAUAUGGGUUGGUCAGAGAGGUGGCCAGGUUGUCCAACUUUGAUUCCAACGCAUGGUCAUGAGUCAGCAUGUCUGUCCGUCCCCAAAAAAGAAAGGAAUGAGUAAUGUUUCCGUAACGGUUACAUAUUUUCAAUCCAAGAGCAGUACUUGGCCCUCUCACCUGCUUUGGACAUAUGCUUUAUGAUAACAGCAAUCAUUGAGAGAAAGGCAUUACACUGCUCUACCUCCUCCCCCAGCAUCAAACCAGUUCCCUCCUGAUAACGAACGAACGAACACACACACACACACACACACACACAAUGAGUCAAAGCUGCUCGUGUUGCCAUCCAAGUUGUCCAAAAAGGUGAUUCUGUCUCAAAACUCACCUGUUCCGUCUAGCAUUCCAAUAAUUACUCUCGUUGCUCCAAUCUGUCUGUUUGUUUUAUGCUGUUUUAUCUUUUAUUGUUGUGUAUUUUAUCUCUGUAAAGUGUCCUUGAGUGUUCAGAAAGGCGCUGUUGAAAUAAAAUGUAUUAUUAUUAUUAUUAUUCUA